AUGUCGACCACAAUAUCAACAUGGGUGUGGAUGAAGGAUAUGCUGACUUGGAGCACCAACAUCAACCAUCACCUCAACAAAACAUCAAUACUGGAAUUUGUUGGGCCUGGGGAUCACCUGUAUCGAAACUAUCAUUUGGGUCUCAAUGGCAGACCAUGCAACGCGGAUGGUAUAUUCCUCCUCCCUGGCACUCCACCCCCACCUUUGGAGAAUGUAGCAACUGACAACUGGACACCCUUUCGCAAUCAUACAGAAUUUGAAACGGCAGAGUUCUUGUAUAUGCAAAAUCAGAUGCCGGCAGGUCAAAUUAACCGGUUGCUGGAUUUAUGGGCGUCUACCCUUGUGAAACAUAAUGACAAGCCACCAUUUGCAGAUCAUCGUGAUCUGCAUGACAUCAUCGAUAGUUCACCAUUUGGGGACGUAAAUUGGCAAAAUUUCACAGUAACCUAUGAUGGUGAGAGACCCGAAGAUGGUACCAAGCCAUGGAUGGAUGACAAAUACGAAGUCUGGUUUCGUGACCCACACAAAGUCGUGCGCAAUAUGCUUGCAAAUCCAACGUACACCAGUGAAAUAGACUACUGCACCUAUCGAGAAUAUUCAACCGAGGGCGACAAGCGCCAGUGGAAGGAUUUCAUGUCUGGUGACUGGGCAUGGGAUCAGGCAGAUGAAAUAGCUAAAGACCCAAGCAUGCUUGGCUCUACAUUUGUCCCUGUCAUCCUUGGCAGUGACAAAACAACGGUUUCAGUCAGGACGGGUAAUAACGAGGAUUAUCUGCUAUAUGCCUCAAUUGGGAACAUUCACAACAAUGUUCGACGAGCCCAUCGUGAUGGAGUAGCAGUCAUUGGCUUCCUUGCUAUGCUGAAAACUACAAAGGAACAUGCUGCUGAGGCAGUGUUCCAAAAAUUCCGUCAACAGCUGUUCCACUCAUCACUCUCCAAGAUUCUCAACACACUGAAACCAGGCAUGACAACCCCCAAAGUCACUCGUUUUGGAGACGGUCACUACCGUCGGGUUAUAUACGGACUAGGGCCAUACAUAGCAGAUUACGAGGAGCAAGCACUGUUAGCAUGUAUCAUGCGUGGUUGGUGCCCUAAAUGUAUGGCAUCUUGUGAGGAUCUCAACAAAGAUGUGUUACGUCGUUGUCGUGAAUACACAGAAGCACUCAUUCAAGAAGGUUCCUUAGGUGACCUGUGGGAUGACUUCGGAAUAGUUGGGGAACUUGUAGCAUUUACGAACGACUUCCCCCAAGCUGACAUCCAUCAGAUGAUCUCACCGGAUAUUCUCCAUCAACUCGUCAAAGGAGCAUUCAAGGACCACCUCAUCAAAUGGGUCGAGAAAUACCUCAGACACAUGCAUAUGAAAUGA